AUGUCACACGACCCUACGCCCAACGAUCAGGAGGUCACGAUACGUAUCCCCUAUUUAUCGCCUACCUUAAAUGAAACAACAGCAGCUACUAGAAAUGUCAGAAAAAAUAAUAAGACCCAACAAAAAAAUACGAAAACAAAUGAAAAAGAACAAAAAAAUGAAGCAGGAAACAAUACACCAUCAACCGCGCUAGGCAUAAUGGAUAUAGAACAAGAUAACAAAAAACCAAAAAGCGAUGCAACAGGAAAAAAAAGGAGUGCACCGAUCUCCCCUGGAAUAGGAACAAAUGAAGCAUUGGAUACAAUAGAUUUAACAAACAAAGAGCAUCUAAACGAACAACAAAUUGAAUUCAUCAUCAAAUUCAAUAAACAUCAGAAACAAAUUGAAUGCAACAAAUGUAAAGGGGCAUGGAUAAACAUAAACCGAAUUGAUUACAUUGAAAUGGGAGAAGAAGGAUAUGCAGAAAUAGUACUAUCCUGCAAAAAAUGCACAAAAAAAUACACAAUGGACGAGGCACAAGAGUUGACAUUAAAAGUAACAAAAGAAAAAAAAAGACAGAUAGAUGAUACAAGAACAACAGGGAAGGACAAAAAAAAAGGAGGGGAACUAAAAUUCACAGCAGAUGUAGAAGCCAUUAUGGAACAGUAUGAAUUAGGUAGAGAAAAAAUAGCAUGCCACAAAUAUGGAACAAUUGGAACUAUACAAAAAAAUGGAAGAAACCAAGGAAAACCACCAAAGCCACAAUACAAAUGCAAACACUGCGAAAAAGGAACAACGUUUGCGGAGAUGAAAACUAUUUUAAAAUAUGAAACAAGAAUAACAAACGAGGAACAGAUGGAAAUAGAUACAGAAGAUAAAAGUGAAUUUGAAGAUGACAACGAAAAUGAUAUUUCAGAUAUUACAGACACAGAGAUGGAAGAAGAGGAUGAAUCAACAGGAAAAAUAAAUGUCUGGAACGAAAUGAAGCUGUUGAAGAAAAGAUUAGAAAAAACAGAAAAAGAAAUAAAAAAAAUGCAGGAGCUGAUUAGGGAGAACAUCAACCUGACAAAAGAAAAUAUUGAACUAAAAAAGAAACUGCGAGAAAUGGAAGAAGAAAAUGAAGCAGAAGAGUACAAGGAAACAAAUAAUAACAACAUCAAAUAUCAAGCAGAAAAAAUAAACCAAAGUAACAACCAGAACAGUAACAUGAACUCACAAAACGAGUUCCCAUACUUAAAAGCAACGAAAAGCAAUAUAGCACAACAACAAAUCAACAACAACAACAGCAAUUGGACCAAAAGAAGAAAAAAUCAAUUUUUUCGACAAAACAACCCAACCAAAAAACAAUUGAAAAUAGCAACAAGAACAUUCGAAGAAAAAAAGGAAGAGAAAAACUCUAUAAACAUACAUAUACCAUGCAAAAGACGAAUGAAACCAUCCGAAAUUAGAAAAAAAUUAGCCUUCGUAGGAAUCGACAAUAUUCAAGUACUUGAUACAUACUGUCCAGAUUAA